CGUCAGGUCGGGGAGCGGGUCGGGUUCCCGCUCGCCGCCGCCACCGCCCCCCGCAGCGACUCUCCCGCCUCUCCCGCCGCGCCGGCCGCAGGAGCUGCAUCGCCAACUCUGCUCGGCCGUGGAGCCGCCGGCCCGGGAGCACAGAGCCCGGGACGCAACACGCCGAACCCCUCAUCACCUCCAGCCGGGGCGACCCCUCCCGGGUCCGCCCUCGUUCUGCGCUGCCGCCGGAGCCCCCAGCCCUGAGCGGCUCCGCGGCCCGGCGCCCGCACCCCGGCCCCUGCACUCCCGUAGCCGCCGCCCCCCACCCUGAACAUGGACUCCGACUCUUGCGCCGCCGCCUUCCACCCGGAGGAGUGCUCCCCCAGUUACAAGAGGCGCAGGACUGUGGAGGAUUUCAACAAAUUCUGCACCUUUGUCUUGGCCUAUGCUGGCUACAUUCCUUAUCCGAAGGAGGAGCUCCCUUUGAGGAGCAGCCCCAGCCCUGCCAACAGCACCGCUGGUACCAUCGACAGUGACGGCUGGGACGCUGGUUUCACCGACAUGGCGUCCGCGGUACCCUUGCCGGUCUCUGACCGCUGCUUUGGCCACCUGCAGCCGAGCCUCCUGCAGCGAGCCAAGCCCAGUAACUUCUUGCUGGACAGAAAGAAAACGGACAAGCUGAAGAAGAAGAAGAAGAGGAAGCGGAGGGACAGUGAUGUGCCUGUGAAGGAGGGGUACAUGGGGAGCUUGCUGAAGCUGGAAGCCGCUGACCCCUAUGUAGAGACCCCCACAAGUCCCACCCUGCAGGAUAUCCCCCAGGCUCCCGGCGACCCCUGCUCGGGCUGGGACUCUGACACUCCUUCCAGCGGAUCUUGUGUCACAGUGUCACCUGAUCAGGUCAAAGAAAUAAAGACUGAAGGCAAACGGACUAUUGUCCGGCAGGGAAAGCAGGUGGUGUUCCGGGACGAGGACAGCACCGGCAAUGAUGAGGACAUAAUGGUGGAUUCGGAUGACGACUCCUGGGACCUCGUCACCUGCUUCUGCAUGAAACCGUUCGCCGGCCGCCCUAUGAUUGAGUGUAACGAGUGCCACACCUGGAUUCACCUGUCCUGUGCGAAAAUCCGGAAAUCCAAUGUUCCGGAAGUGUUUGUCUGCCAGAAGUGCCGGGACUCCAAGUUCGACAUCCGCCGCUCCAACCGUUCUCGGAUGGGCUCACGGAAACUGUUUCUGGACUGACUGUCGGUGCGCGAGGAGACCACGGGCGAGGAAUCGGAAGGGACGAUGGGCUUUUUGGCCCGUCUCUUAGUUGAGCACAGAACUCUCAGCUCUGGUGUGGGUAGACCCCUGCCAUUCAGGUGCCUAAGCAAAAGGACAGGCUGUCCAAGGUAUACCCUGUAUAUAGCCAGUGACUGAAUAAAAUCCUCGUUGGCCAAAGCUGCUGCCAGAGCCGUGUUCUCUGCAGUGGAGGUGGACUCAACACUCAAGUACAGUGGGUUUGGUUCAGCUGAAAAGGAGGGUACGUGGUAGUGGUGAACCCUUGCUGUCAUUUUGUUAACAAGCUCCCUCCGCUGGGAACGGGUGCGAGCUGUUACCCGCUUCCGCUGUCUCGGGAGAGGAGAUGUUCGGUUUCCCGGGCCUGUUAGUGAACAGCCAUACGUGUAAGCUUUCUCUCGAGUGUAAGUCUUUGACCAUAAGUGUCUGUACAGCAACCAUCAAGCUGCCCCAACCUUCGUGGUCUGCCCUCUCUCCCUGCUGUGGUUGCUGCUGUCCCCCC